UGCUUGGAAUGGUCUGGGUCUCAGCGUAACCAAUGGUGUUGAAACAGGAAAUCUCUCUUCUUCCUGUUACUUCAAAAUCGAAACAAAUUUGGAGACUGAAGCUGCGACUGUCACUCUUCAUGGCAGCCAGGAAACCUGUGGAAAUCCUCCGGGAUGAAGCCCGCUGCUCCAUCUGCCGAGAAAUAUUCCAGGACCCCGUGUUCAUCCACUGCGGGCACAGCUUUUGCCGGUUGUGCAUCACUGAGAUGUGGGAAGGACUGACCACCGACUUCUCCUGCCCCCUGUGCAAGGAGAGGGAGUCACGGAAAAGCCUCCGUCCCAACAGGGAGUUGGCCAACAUGAUUGAAGCAGCCAAGAGAUUGACUCUUCAACGAGACAGAGAGGUGGAAGGAGGGGAGAACUUGUGCGAGAAACAUCAGGAACCCUUGAAGCUCUUCUGCCAAGAUGACAAAAGGCUUAUCUGCGUGGUGUGCGACAGGUCCGAGGUGCACCGUAACCAUUUUGUGGUUCCCAUGGACGAGGCUGCCCAGCAGUACAAGAAACAAAUUCAGAUCCAACUUUACAUUUUGAAAUCAGAGCAAGAGGCGCUUCAAUCUUCCAUGAAGGACAGAGAAGACAGACUCAAGGACCACACUGAGAGGACAGAAGCUGCAAAGCAGGAGAUUGUGAGGACAUAUAGGAAAUUACAUGAGUUCCUGGACAAGGAGGAGUCCUCUCUUCUGGCCCAGCUGGAGCAGCUGGACACAGAGAUAAGGAAAGCCCAUGAAGAAAUCCUCCAGAGGCUUUUGGAGGAGACGACGAGGCUGGGCACGUUGAUUGGGGAGAUGGAGAGGACCUACCAGCAGCCAGACUGGGAGCUCCUGAAGGACAUCAGAACCACCUUGAGCAGGGGCCAGAGGGAAACGCUCUCCCACUCACUCGAGAUUUCCCCGGAGCUGGAAAAGAAAUUUUCUGACUUCACUGAGAGGAACCCAGACAUCAAGGAACUUCUGGAGAAAUUCCAAGAUUUCCUGGAGUUCGAGGUUCCUUUGACAACACAGAUGACGCUGGACUCAGAGACGGCCAACGCCAGGCUUUACCUCUCAGAAGACUGCAAGCUCGUGCGGUGGGAACCCUGUGGUCAGGACCUGCCCUCCAACCCGGGAAGGUUCAAAUUUGAUCCUUGCCUGCUGGGCUCGAGGGGCUUCACAUCGGGGGGGCACCGCUGGGACGUGGAGGUCCUCAGAGAAGGCGUGUGGGCCAUCGGGGUGGUCAAGGAGUCGGUUCCAAGGGACCAUGUGUUGUGCCUGGAUCCUGAAAAGGGGGUAUGGGCUCUGUGUCAUAUCCAAAAUGAGUACACGGCUAUGACCUCUCCUGAUGCCAUCCCUUUGACUCUACGCAGUGUCCCCAAGCGGAUACGAAUCUGCUUGGACUAUGAGGAAGGGAGGGUGGUGGUUUUUGAUGCUGAGAGCAAAGAACGGAUCUUUGCUUUUCCUCAGGCAUCUUUCCAAGGGGAGAGAGUCUUCCCGUGGUUCAUGGUGGUAGAGGGUGCUCAACUCAAACUUCUUCCCUAAAGUACAGGACAAAAAAACCCCAAAGUCAUCAUCUUACCUUUGGGAAAUAAACCAGGGGCUGAGUAUUUUCCUAGUUCCACGCAAGGGACAGGAAAGGGUAGCAGUGUUCAUGUUCCUUUCCUUUAGUGCAAAAUAGGAGCUUUUCUAUGCCUUCAACUGUAUUUUGAUCUUUCAGUCACUAAAUGGCUGUUUCUGGGUGCCUGCAAACUUGCUCUGACGGGGAGUUAAAAGUAAAAGUGCAAUUCUAAGUCA